AAGGUUUUUUUUUUAUGUGCUUUAUAUAUUCCUAAUAAUUUGUUCAUUAUUCGACAAAACAGAAAAGUAUAUUGUAUAUUUAUAUAUAUAGUCUUACACUUAUGUAAACCCCUUACAUUACUAUCAAGUAAGCCAUGUAACCAAAAGAGAGACAAACUUCUAUUUGUCACGGGCCCCGAUCUAUGACUUUUUUAUCCUUGCAAAAACUUAUUUGUCAACGUACUUGGAAGUAGAGGGAGAAAAGAAAAGUUAGAAUGACAUCUCCAAUUUCUUGAUAGCACCCACAUUUGGACCAAAAAGAGUCCUUAAGCCCUUCCUGGACUGAUAGAUGGUAACACACUUACGGCCUAAUGGACAAUGACCAUUAUAGAAUCAGUAGUGUGUGUACUGGGUUCAUGGGUAAAUGAACACUAUGCCUUAAUAUAACUCUUUUUUUCUUUUUUUCCUUUUCUUUUAUGUUACAAGGCAUUUGCAGAUGAUCCUGGACAGAUGAUAUAUAUGUUGAGCAGAGUGGAUACCCAUAUUCAGACAGAGAUGCAGACAUGAGGCGGAAAGAAUGCCACUUAAAGGACUCAAUAAAGGCAGUUCUUUGACUGAAGAACAAGUGAUGGAGAGCAAUAGCUGUUUUUUCUUUGUGUUGACUGCCUUGCACUGUUGUAUACAGUCCUAGGUAACAUCUCUAAAUGUAGGCCCCUUUUUGGUCAUAGGUGAUGUAAACGUGCAGAAUGAAUGAAGCAGCAACUAAGCUGUAGAAGGAGGUCCUCAGUGAUUGAUGUGUAUCAUGCCCACCAAUGUGAAAUUUACAUUUUUACUUUAAGAUUUUGGGGCAGCAGAAUGAAUGGUUUGCUUAGUCUUUCUUUUAAGUCCAUUUGGUAAAGACAGAGUUUUGAUAACAUGCCGUUCUAUGCAAGUUGUUGCUGUCUGCGGCUGUAUUUGUGUUUUAAAUAUCAGAUUGCAGUAAACCUGCUAUAAGUUAUAAAUUGUGGCCUUUAUUUGCUGAUGAAUUUUGCUCAGUUGGCUUGUAUCUCUAUCCAGAUAUAAGGAUCCGUAUUUACUAACUGAAAAAAGCUAAAUUUGCUGCAAUGGAAUCAAAAGCUCAAAAAGUGGACCGUAUGUUCUAAUUUUUAUUUUUACUGAAACAAGCAACAUAUUCUACAUCGUAUGAUGAAUGCUGUAUGUCAAGAAUAUCCAGAUGUUUGACUGCAUCCGGUCCCAUUUUUCAGGAUGCAAGCCAGCAUGCUUAUAAUCAGAUAUAGCGAGAGCGUCAAAGUUCAGGGUGCACUAUUAUGAUGGAGUCGGUCCCAAUUGAAUGCAUGCAACUGUAAGGGCCACUGCAGUAUGUACUAAAAGUACAAAAAAAAUGUGUGUGAUUUGGAAUGCAGCCCUGUUUGUGUGUAUCUAAAGAUGGGAUUAGGAAUCUUCUCUGAAAGCAAUAUAUCAGUAUUGUAUCGAGUUAAUGAAAUAAAAGUAAAAUACAUUUUAAAUCGGCAACUGUUUGCAAGCAUGUGAGAAUAUUAAUCUGCCAAGAUAGUUUGGCAUUCCUUCCGUCAAUUAAAGGGUUUGCUUUUGAACAAAACCAGCAGAUAGGUUUGGUCUCAUUUUAAGGCAAACAAUGUCAAUAUUGUUUUGUAAAAAUGUGCUCAAUAAAAGUAUUUUUAAGGGCGAGUUUCUUUCCUCUGAACGCUCCACUGCGCAGCUCAACAGCGCACAUGCCAGGCCAGCAGGGGGCGCUCACGGCGCAGAAGGAAAGUCGGUCCACCGCCGGGUCAUCAGCCUUUUCCAAACAAUGCCGUAUACAUUCUGAUGAGAGACCGAUUUUAAUGGUUGUUUGUGGAUUUACGUGCAUCGAGGACUUCGUUAGUCAUCUGGAGUAUUUGUGUUGAUUAUUUGUGCAAACGAAUAACUGUUUUCAGUUGUGAGCAGUUUGUCGUAAACAUGGCUCCAACGAUCCAGACGCAGUCUCAACGAGAAGACGGCCACAGGCCAUCUUCUCAUAGGACUGUUCCAGAGAGGUCAGGGGUGGUCUGUCGAGUGAAGUACUGCAACAGCCUUCCUGAUCCCUUUGACCCCAAAUUCAUCACAUAUCCAUUUGAUCAGCGCAGGUUUGUACAAUAUAAAGCCACUUCUCUUGAGAAGCAACACAAACAUGAGCUCCUGACUGAGCCAGACCUUGGGGUCACCAUUGAUCUCAUCAACCCAGACACGUACCACAUAGACCCAAAUGUAAUGCUGGAUCCUGCUGAUGAAAAACUGUUGGAAGAAGACAUCCAGGCUCCGGCCAGUUCGAAGAGGUCACAGCAGCAUGCCAAGGUGGUCCCUUGGAUGAGAAAGACGGAAUAUAUUUCUGCGGAGUUUAACAGAUACGGUGUUUCCAACGAGAAAGUGGAAGUCAAAAUUGGUGUGUCUGUCAAACAGCAGUUUACAGAAGAAGAAAUCUACAAGGACAGAGACAGCCAGAUUUGUGCGAUUGAGAAAACAUUUGAGGAUGCACAGAAAUCAGUUUUACAGCACUACAGUAAACCCAGAGUUACUCCUGUGGAGGUACUACCUGUGUUCCCCGACUUCAAGAUGUGGAUCAACCCAUGUGCUCAGGUCAUCUUUGACUCUGAUCCUGCACCUAAAGACUUCUCAAGUCCAACAGGAGUGGACAUGAUGUCUCAGGCCAUGAUCAGGGGUAUGAUGGAUGAGGAAGGAAAUCAGUUUGUGGCUUACUUCCUGCCUCAUGAAGAAACAAUUCGCAAGCGGAAGAGAGACAGCGAUGAGGGGAUGGAUUAUAUGCCUGAGGACUUGUAUGAUUACAAGAUAGCCAGGGAGUACAACUGGAACGUCAAGAACAAAGCCAGCAAGGGUUAUGAAGAGAACUACUUCUUUAUCUUCAGAGAUGGAGAUGGUGUUUACUACAAUGAGCUGGAGACCCGGGUGCGUCUGAGCAAGAGGAGAGCCAAGGCUGGAGCUCAGUCCACCACUAACGCAGUGCUGGUGUGUAAGCACAGAGACAUGAACGAGAAGGAACUCGAAGCCCAGGAUGCACGUAAAGCUCAGCUGGAGAACCAUGAGCCAGAAGAUGAAGAAGACUUGGAUAAGGACCUGCGGGACUCUGGUGACGAUAAAGAGAAGGGCAGCGGCAGUGAGGCGGAGAACUCUGGCAGUGAAUCCGAGCGGGAAGAAGAAGAACCGGUUCAAAAGGCAGAGGAGGGCAAAGAGGAGGGCAAAGAGGAGGAGGCGGCAGCGGCCGAAAAGAAGCGUAAGAGGAAGACGAGCGGCAGUGGAAGUGAGAGCGGCGAGGAUAGGACCAGGGAAAUGCGAGACGAGGAGGAGAUCUUCGGCAGCGACGAUGACAGUGAGGACCACGAGAACAACAAGAACUCAGCCAGGAGCAGCGCGGCGGAGGGCAGUGGGAGUGAGGAUGAAAGGGGGAACCGAGGGGGCAGCAGGAGUCGCAGUGCCUCUCCAGCGCGCAGCGACCGCAGCAGCGACCGCUCCGAGACCCGGGCCCAGAGUGGCAGUGGAAGUGAGCGAGGCUCCGAUUCCAGCGAUGCCAGUGACAGUGAAUAGAAUCUGUGGCACGGACACCUUUGUUCCCUUUAUGUUCAAACAUGGCAGUGCUACUCUGUCACUGACCUUAAUAGUGCAUUCUGGGGAUGUAGUUUCUGUAUGGUUGCAAAUAUCAAAUUACAGGUGUGGGAGGUGCUCAUUGGUUUUGGACAGGGGACAUCUCUCGUCAGUCAGUUUUUAAUUGUAGAUUCAACAUUUGCACUAAUAGCUAUUUGUUUGCCAUUUCUUCAGUUUUUUUGUCAGAUAUUCCGUUCAGGAUCAUUUAAAAAUGUCUUGUUUUGACUGUGUUACGGCUUUAAAACCGAUGAUAAAAUAAAUGCAGGUGAUUUUUUUUUUUAA